GGCUCCAGCCGCCUGGCCAUGCCGCUUCCACCACUGCUCUGGCUACUGGGCUGCGGCCUCCUGGCCUCCGCGGCCCUGGCCAGCUACUCGGAGGAUCAGUGUAGCUGGAGAGGGAGUGGCUUGUCCCAGGAGACGAACAGCGUGGAGCAGCUAUCCCUGCAUUGUGCCGAGGGCUCCCUGGAGUGGCUCUAUCCAGCAGGUGCCCUUCGCCUUACCCUCUCCCCCAGGCUGCCCCCAGGCAGUGCUGGAGCUGGCCAGAGUCCCAGGCAUAUCACAGCCUGCAUCAAGUCCUCGGGCCCCUUCCGGGGGGCCCAAGUCUACGUGGAGAGAGAUGGACUCCUGGAGUUGCUGUUGGCUGAGGCCCAGGGGCCGCCCAGGGGCCGGUGUGUCAGCUGGCAGCCGCAGGAGAGGGUGGCACUUUUCGUGCAGUCUACCCCACAUCGGGACAUCAGUCGCCGGGUAGCAGCCUUCCGCUAUGAACUUCGAGGGGACUGGCACCUGCACCUUCCCCUAUUCACCCACAACCUUAGCAUGGAAGGGACCUGUCGCCCGUGCAGUGAUGCUGAGGUUCUCAUGGCUGUGUGUACCAGCGAUUUUGUGGUUCGAGGGACGAUCUGUGGAGUUACUCAUGACCAGGAGCUGCAGGAGUCAGUGAUCAGCGUCAGCACUCCUCGAAUCCAUCGUCAGAAGUUCCCGUUAUUCCAGCCAGCUGAGUCCUCUAGCCAAGUGUCUGGUACCAUCCGCACCCCUUUGCGCUGUGGCGUCAGGCCUGGCCCUGGCAUCUUCCUCUUCACUGGUUGGAGCCACUUUGGAGAGGCCUGGCUGGGCUGUGCGCCCCGAUACCAAGAUUUCCGACGCAUGUAUGAGGCAGCCCAGGCUGCUCACCGUAACCCUUGUGAGAUGGCCCUGGAUUAAGGCUCUCUGAGGUUGGGGAGAAAGCAAGAAAGGACCCCACUUAUCUAUCCUCUGAUCACUUCUAAGAAGCUAUCAUUACCCAAGACUGUUGCUACCUUGAGCCAUCUGUCCAGAGGUGCUGUAAGAAAAAGGAAUUGCUUUUAUCCUAGCUUUUGUUUUAGGAUUCAGCAAGGUCUAACAACCAGCACAUUCCCAUGCAUCCCGGUGUUCCAAGCGCAGAAUGAAUGAUGCCAGUCUUGGGAGAUGUCAAGUGGGCACACUCUGGGCGAUUAAUUGGGGGGGGGUGGGGUUAGCCUUGGGUAGGAAAAGUAAGUCUUUUCCUUGGGAGAGAUAAGUGAUAGCCCCUUGUGUAGACCUCCCCCACUAUUACCACCACCACCAAGGGGAUUACUCCAGUGAGUAGGUGCCACCUAUCCUGCAGAUCAGAGAGGUGUUAGAGGGGGAAGCUGAACUGGCCCAUCACCCUAACUUCCCCUUUCCAGGUAGACACUGCUGCUAGAGCCCGGGAUACCCCAGCUUGGUGGGCAUCUCACCUUGGAAAUGACUUAAUGGAUUGGGUUAGGAAGGGCAGGGAUGGGAGGCAGAAAGGUGGAGAAGAGGCCCUGGGUGCACUACAGUUAUCCUGAUACCAAAUGUAUGUGCUGACAGUGGUAUUUUGGGGAACUAAACUCUGCCAAGUACACCUGG